GUCAAUGGUUUCAUAUUUUGGUUAUAUAAAUGCUUAAAAGAAAUUUGUAUGAAAAGUUCUGAUCAGAUGAACGCAAUUAUCUGCCAUUGACGAUUAUAGACGUCCAAAUCACUCCCUUUUCAAAUGGAUUGGACAACUCAUUUCAAGAGUUUUUAGGAGUCACAUGAUUGGUGAAAAUGAUGCUGUCACUUGUGUUUUAGGACAUUCUGAGAAGGAAAGUGGGAGGAUAAAAGAACGGGGGAGGAGGAAAAGGGGGCACAAAGCCCCCCUCUCCGCCCCUGCCUCUCUCUCUCUCCCUCUCUCUCUCAUUCCCACUUCUUCUUUCAUUCCUGCCACCGCGAGUGAGCCGAGCCGGACCGCGUCGACGUUCCUGAACGCAUCCCCUGCGCGCGGCCGGAGGCGAUGGAGCCGUGAUCCGGACCGAGCCGAUCCGAGGGGGCGAUGCUGCUGCGUGAAGAAGGCUCCUCUUCCUCUGCUUCUUUCUCUUCUUCUUCUUCUUCACGCGCACGUUCCUGCAUGGAGACGAGCUGGUGCGCGGGAGAGCGCCGACGCACGCGGAUGACACGCGCCUCGCCGCUGCUGCUGCUGUUGCACUUCAUCUGCGUGCACGGAGUCGUCAUGGGGACCAACACCACCGAGCCGACCGCCGCCCUCAACGGGACCGCCCCGCUCGGCGACGCGGGCCCGGCGCUGGCCGCGACGCCCAGGGCGGGCCGCGUGCCCCGCGGCGGCGAGGAGGAGGAGCUCGGCAGCGGCGUCUUCGGCGACGUCCGGGCGGGCGGCGCUCCUCCGCCGUCUAAGAUCAUCCCCGAUUCCGCCGAGGCGGAGCUGCUGUUGCCCGGCGGCCGCCUGUCGGAGGAGGAGCCGGCGCCCCGGAGCGACCCGCCGUGGAUUCGCGCCGAAGAGGCGGGCGUGUUGGACCUGGACCGGCCGGCCACGGCGGCCCCGCCGGCCGCCACCGACGUCCUCCGCGUGGACUUUUUCGACCCCGCCUCCCGCGGACGGAAACUGGACUUGGCGCCGCCUCCCACCUCUUCGCUGGCCCACGAGCUCCAGGGCGGCGACCCGACGUCCUGGGCCAUGCCGGACAGCUACGACUACCUGACCCCAUACGAGGACGGCGUCUCGCCCACCGCCGACGAGUACUCCGACGCCACCUCCGACGACGGGCGCGCCCCGGCUCGCCCCGUCUCGUCCCCGCCCGACAAGCCCCGGCGGGCCCCGGCGGACGGCUCUGACGGAAAGGGCGGCUGUCGCCCGGGUUACCGGAUGGUCAACGCCACUUGUCGCUCCCCUUGCGACUUUGACCCCAACUUCUGCUACAACGGAGGGCAGUGUUACCUGCUGGAGGACGCCGGAACUUUCUGCAGGUGCAACGUUCAGGACUACAUCUGGCACAAGGGCGCCCGCUGCGAGGCGGUGGUGACGGAGUUCCAGGUCAUGUGUCUGGCGGUAGGCGCGUCGGCCGUGGUGCUCCUGCUGCUCUUCAUGAUGGUGGUGUGCUUCGCCAAGAAGCUCCACGUCCUCAAGACCGAGAACAAGAAGCUGCGCAGACGCAGUAAGUACCGGCCCACAUCGGAGGCUCACAAUGAUAAUUUCUCGCUGUCCACCAUCGCUGAGGGCUCCCACCCAAACGUAAGGAAACUGUGCGACACCCCUCCUAACGCCCCCCAUGCCCGUGCAUUGGCUUACUAUGAUAACAUUAUCUGUCAGGAUGAUCCCAAUUCCCAGAACAAGCUGGAGGAGGCGGUGAAGGCCCCGCCCAAGGAAGACGACGCCCUCAACAUCCACAACGCGCUGACGCCCAAACACGACAACCACAAGCUGCUGGGCGACGACGACUCAGAGGUCAACUCCCUGCAGAACAACAUGAUGUGAAAAAAUAAAGAAAAGGAAAAAAAAAAUCACCGAAGCCCCGCCCCCUUCCUCUCACUCCGCCCUCGUCGCUGUCACAUGACCUCUUUUCGCACACUUUUCCCUGCCUGCAUCGUUGUAUUUUGUAAAAAGAUUUCCAGCGUGUGUAAACGUGGUUUUAAAACAAAAAAGAAGCUACUGAAAGGUUUUGAUGUUUGUUGACUAAUCCAGUGAGUGUUUCUUAAUAUUGCAAACAAAUCAGACGGGCAACACGACGUGUCUUGUUUUCUUUGAUGUGAUUUCUAAUCCUUUGAUGUACUUUUACUGUUUUUAUUUUCUACUCUUUCGACCGGCGAGAACAACAAACGCGAUUCCGACACUUGUUGAAAUAAAACCUUUUUAACAUGA